AGCAACAACAAAACAACCGAGAAGAAACAGUGCGCUCAGGCUGCUUCCAGCGUAGGGUUCGGUUCGGGCUUGGGUUCUGGAUUCUGUCAGGAUGUCGGAGGACCUGCGAGCGGAACUGGAGAGGUUCCUUCUGCAGUCAAACAUCCAGACGACUUGCGUAGAGCACCCGCCGGUGUUCACGGUGGAGGAGAUGAUGCCUCACCUCCAAGACGUAAGUGGUGCUGUCACAAAGAACCUUUUCCUGAAAGACAAGAAGAAGAAGGGCCUUUGGCUGGUAUCGGCUCGCCAUGACCACCAGGUGAACCUUAACGAGCUCGCCAAAAAGCUUGGCGUUGGCAGCGGGAACCUGCGCUUUGCGGAUGAAGCUGCUAUGUUGGAAAAGCUGAAGGUGGGUCAGGGUUGUGCCACGGCGCUUGCUUUACUCUUCGACAAGGACCAGAGCGUAAAGUUCAUUUUGGACCGGGACCUGGUGGAAGGGGGUCAUGAGAGGAUCUAUUUCCACCCCAUGACCAACAGCGCCACCAUGGGGCUGCGGCCAGACGACCUGCUGCGCUUCCUCAAGGAGACAGGACAUGAACCCAUCCUGGAGAGCUUUGAUUAAAGCAGGACCUGGACUGGGUUGGCUUAGAUCCACUUUGCUUGGUUUUAAAAUGAGUCUAAUUGUGUUGAAACGUGAACUUGAAGUUCUGCUGAACAACGAGAUAAAACUUUUUUAAAAGCCUCCAGUCCACUCCAGCUGGACUCAGUCAGGAGCAGGUCUGCCAUCUCACAUCAGAACCCGACCCAGCAUGAGAGAUUUGUAUUGAGCAUCGCACUCUCCAGCAAGGACCAACAGGUGGCGCUGUUUGUGCAUGCUAUUAAAUUGUUACAAUAAUGAAGAGACCCUGAACCAAAUCAGGAGUCUGUUUCCAUCACUGCCUGUAGUUCUAUUGUAGUUUUUCCAUUUUCAUCUCUGUUGUUAUAAAACUUCUCAGAACAUUUUUACUCAGAAGACAAUUCAGCCUCAAAAGGAGAUUUUUAAAUUUCGCAGCAAAAACGUUAUCUUUGACCCCCUCCUCAGCAUCAUUAAAACAUCCUGGGUGCAUAAACUUGCGAGACUAAACGCCACCCAUGACUCCAUAAUGGUCACCAUGGUAACUGCAUCAGAAUGAGGCCAGUGAGUGUCAUGAAGAAAAAAAGUACAGAUUACAGCAUGGAGACUGGAGGAAGUGUCUGGUCACGUGACCUAUUGGUUUGCAUGUAAAAUCAGUUUUCAGCUCUGUGGUUGAGGCCUUUAUAACAGAUAUGACACCAAACAGAAGGUCAGCAAUGAUAUUAAAAAAUAGUUGCUGAUUUUUUUCUAGCUUAAGGAAUUUAUUGUCAGAAACCAGAGCCCCACACACACACACACACACACACUUUAUUGUACUAUUUCCUUCCUUUUGAAUGUAAAAAAUAGAUUUUUACUGUCGGUAACAUUGUCAUGUAUAUCAAGUGCCUUAUAAUCACACUCCUAACAAUUUUUACUAUUCCCAAGAGCAACAGUGAAGCAAACCAUGUCAAGGCUGGCUUGCAGGGGUCCCUGAUAUUUGGAGUUUACCUGUUGGACUAAUCUGGCUUCAUGUGCUUAAACUUGCUUCAGACAGGAAGUCUUUUUCCCAUUGGGUUUGAUGGACUGCUAAUGAUACAUAAAGCUACUAUCACAUCACCCUCAGCAACAUGCAUUCAAGUGGCCACUUCCAAUGAAAACUCUAUGUAAAUGUGCCAGGUUUUGGGGUUCCACGUUCAAAAACGGUGGCAUUUACGGCGUUUUUCCUGGUGAAUUAUGAUACAUUUUGCUUUCCAUACAAACUCUCAUGUUCACGCGUAACUAUGGACAUUUUAAGAUGGUUUUCUGGAUAUACGUACAAAAUACAUGACCAUUGAGCUUGCUUUGAAAGAUAAACCAGGUCGAACAAUGACCAACCAGGAACUCUGAUUUGGUCGUGCCAGAUGGGUAGUGCAUUCUUGAAGACGCGUUUAGCCCAUGGUGUUCACACAGGACAAGCAGGGAGGGGAUUCUUUUUAUUUUUCUACUGUUUACUGGUGCUUGUUCCCCACCCAUAGUUGGAAAAGGAUAAGUGCCAAAUGUCAAAGCGGUGCAAAUUUUGCUCCAGGUUUUUUCUUUCACAGCUCCAUUUUAAUAAAUACAAGAUUGGUGUCAUAGAAUUCCAGCCGGGCUCAAACCGCAAUUUUUAAUUUCUCCUCUAUGAUCAAUGUUCAAACAGUUGACACUUCUGUAAAUUAAAAAAGUACGUGUUUUCUGACUUGAAA